GGAGAGUCCCGGUCUCUGCGGCCAGCACGCUCGGCUGUUGCAGAAACGAGCGGAAACGCCUCCGUUUUACAAAACAAAGCGGAGAAGCGGGAGGCGUGCGCGGUCCGCGGGGCACGGGCCUCGGCGGUGGGUCCCUCCAGUCCGGGCGCCUCGGCAUCUUUGGGUGGAGAUGGAGAGAGGCCUUGAGAGCUGCCGGCGCUCGGAGUCCAACGGCCUCUGGGCACCUCGGAUCACGGCGGUGGAGGAGCUGCAGAGCCGCGUGCAGGAGACCCUGGACCUGCUGUCCCCGCAGGAACUGAGCAACUUCCGCAUCUUCCUCAAGUCGGUGGACGAGGAGCCGCGCGUGACCCCCUUGCGACUGGAGCUGGAGGGCAAGAGCACGAAAGGGCUGGCCCGUCUCCUGGUCCAGCACUACUGCGAGCCCGCCGCUGCGUCGCGCGUCCUCACCAAGGUGCUGCAGCAGCUACGCCGCGUCGACCUGCUCCAGCGCUGGCGGGACGCCGCCGCCGCCGAGGGCCGGGGGAUUCCAAGAAAGAUUCUAAAAAGAAGCUAUGAUUGUGUGGAUGGCGAACUGGACUGUUACGACCUGAGGGGCAAGCGGAAGGCUUUUAUCAUGUGCGUGGAGAAGAACAGACCAGGGGCUCAGCGGGACAUCCAUCUAAUGGAGGAGUGGCUUGGCCAGUGCCAGUUUGAGCAUACACAAUGCAUCGAUCCUAACAAAAUGGUGUUAAUUGAGAAAAUAAGAUCAUUCCGUGAUGGACUCAAUGAAAGUAAAGAUGAUGUUGGCUGUUGUCUUGUUACCCUUAUGUCCCAUGGAGAGAAAGGGUUUAUUAGAAUGGAAGAUGGUGAAAAAGUCAGCCUGGAGGACAUUUUUGAAAUGUUUAAUAAUAAAAAUUGUCCAGCACUUCAGGAGAAACCAAAGAUCUUUAUCAUCCAGGCCUGCAGAGGAGAGAGAAGAGACACCGGUGUUGAGACAGACGAUGAACCCAUGGAGUCUGAUGACAUAUCCGAGAGGAGGAGGCUGCCCACCUUCAGUGAUUAUUUCAUCAUCUAUCCCACCCAGGCAGAUCACGUUGCUUUACGGCACCCUCGCACUGGUUCCGUGAUGAUUGAAGCGAUGUCUAAAGUCUUUAAACAGUACGGAAAUAAGUGGCACAUCGCUGACUUCUUCACCAAGGUGAAUAAUAGAGUGGUACACACUGAAUUUCAUCUACAUGAAGAACCAAUUAAAGUAUCACUCGUCAUGGAAUCAACUUUAACUAAAUUUGUGUACUUCUGACAUCAGGAAGAUGAAAAACUAAGGACUGCUUUGUAACAGACUUUGUAAAGAGCUGAGAGCAUUUGUAGCAUAGUACUAUUAGUUAACAUUUUGCAUUAUUACUGUCAACAGCUGUAUUUCUCCAAAUCGUUUUGCAUAUAUAUAGUACUUUUCUAAGAUUGAACCGUGCUUAUUUGAUGCUUAGAAGUAAUUUGACUUCUUUUAAAAGAUCACUGUUUUUUGAAAAUGAUUUUUCCUGAACUGUUAUCAAAACAUGGAAGUCCAGCUCUAUUUGUGGACCAUUUUUAUCAUGUGCUUUUUUUUUUUUUACUGAUUACACCCCAUCCUCUCCCACUUGAUGCUGGUGUUCGUCCUCAUUUUCUUGGCUGUCUUCAAGAACUGUCUUUAUGUAGUCUUGUCCUAUGUUUUACCUGAUUUCCUCCAUAUUCUUGUCUGUAGCCAGACUUGUCUCCUUUUGACUCCAUGAGCCAUUCUCUAGUCUUCCCUGGAUGUUCUCAUUUGUACUCUGUGCCCUUGAUGCCUAAUGUUUCCACCUUCCCCCAUCCCCCAGCUGCCUCCCAGCUGCACAGCACCUUUGAACUGCUAUUUUCUCUGCCUGGAACACUCUGUUCCACCCCAAUCUAUUCAGUCCUUUGCACAGGGAAGCUUUUCGUAACCCUUCAUGCUAGGUCAGCCUUUUCUACGUGCUCACAGACCCUGUGCUUUUCUUCUGCAGCAGUUAGCAGUACUGUACUUAAGUGACUAUGUAGUAGCUGUUAAAUCUCUCUUCCAGUUCAGUCAUAAGCUCCGAGAGGCAGAGGCCAUGUGUCUCAUUCAUCCUUGCCUAAAGACACAGAGAAGCGCUGUGAUGAAUGUUUACUGAAUGACUGGUCUCUGUCUUUCAAUUAUUUUGUCCAUUCCUCAGACCUCACCUCAUUACCUCUGUGCAUCUAGCCACCUUCUAGUCAUCCCCACCUACUUGGAUGUCCUGUGGCCACUUUAACUGAACAAGUUGGAAGUCAACCUUACGUUUCCCUUAAACCUCUUCAUAAUACCCAUCUCAUUGUUAAUAAUCCUUUGAGUCCCCACUGCCGGCAGAAUAUACUCCAAUUCCCCUAGGAGAAUAUCCCAAAUCCUUCUCUGUCAGGCCUUAACCUAUGCUACUUGUAUACUGCCUACUUGUCCUGGGUCUUGACCACUCCAAGUGAUUUGCCCUCCUCUCAAUAACCCCCUCUCACAGAAUCAGGCCUGUGGAUUACUGAAUGUUGAAUGAAUGCUCUUGGCUAUGUUAUAGUUCAUUCUCUCCUUUCUGCCUGAAAUGCCCUUUGUUCUCACUGGGUGCUUCCUCUAUACCAUGCAUUCCUUAGGGUGCAAGUUGGGUCCCAUCCCACUAGAAUGAAAACCUGUAUGUAGGCCAGUGUUUUUAGAGUAACAAACUCCGGACUGAGCAUGAGUUUUCAUUGUAAUUGUGUUCUAACUUCCGGUGUAACUUUGGACUAUAUUAAACCCCGGUUUCCACAUCACAACAGGAGGGCUGGUUCGGCUGGGAACUCAUUCCACUGGACUUCGAUGAACUUUGGCUUCUUAAUAAACUGUUCGUGACUAUCCUGCAGGUGUGGCUAUCUAAGACUGUUGGGGCCUGUACGAGGUUACAGGUGUUUGGUGAAAAUGCU